AUGCAGUUCCUAACAUUAACCGUGCUCACAUUUCUCGCGGCUGCCCUUGGACCGAUCCAAGUCUCCUGUGCAUGUGACGAUGGCUAUCCGGUCAGCUGGUGCUUGACGUAUCGAGAGGAGCCGGGAGGCCCGCAGCCUUUGGCCAAGGAUUGCAAGCGUACGCUCGAUGUCUCUAAUCCACGGGGUGCCUCGUUCCGGACGGUGCAACAAACCGGCCGACCCAUGGGAGCUAGAGCGGCUCUGCUGCGACUGGAGUAUUCAACCUGA